AUGGCCAAAUCAUCAAACGAUAUCAGUAGUAGUGGUAGUCAGCUGCAACGGUGCUCUGAGAGAACCCGUCGGGUCAGCGUUCUUGCAAGCUGUUACAGUGUGAAUACUAUCACCUCCGCAGUUACUGGGUUCCACUACUGCACUACUAUGGGCACCGGUAAGAUACUCUUUCCCAAGGAAGAUGCUAAUGAGCACAGUGGUAUCCCUGAGGUCCCCUCAGGGUUUAAGCCGCCUUCACGUCCUCCCCUUGACUUGUCCAUCAUUCCCGGCAUGGGAAUCAGCUGGCCAGGGAACAACUUAUUGGAGCAUAAAGGGGAGGCAACGCAUGCUAUUCCGGAAGAGUGUGAGAGGCUCUUCUGCGAGCACCUGUCUGUGAUAUUCCUUGGUGAGAGGAGAUUUACUGAGCAGGAGCCGCCUGGGAUGGGUGCGUAUCAAAGCCAGCCAGAAAUUGUCGAGGGCAUGCACACGCCGAUCCAGCACUGGCUCGAAGUUCUGGAUUACACAAAUGACGUUACUUAUCGAGGGUUUGUGACUAUCACGAGUGAUGGCCAACCAACCAUAUUCGUGUUUUUCUCUGACCAAACUUUGGGCCACGGCCUCAAGACUGGUUUGGUGGCAUUAUUCGAGCUUGCAAGUAUUAGUGCAUUCCAAUGCUUGCAAAUUGUUGCUUGUAUCCCGCGUUCGCACAAUGCGGUCGAGCUCGAAAUCGUAAGGAACCUUGGGUGGUGUGGUUUUAAUCUAACUACCCUGCAACAAUGGAGUGUUGAAAAUGACCUCAAUCAUACAUUGAGCGACAAGUGGCUCUUCUUAAGCGCCGAGGUAUAA